UUUUACUCUUUACGUUUAGCCGAGAAACGUUACACACCAGUACGCAAAACAUACCGCGAUGCGAAAAGGCUCACAGCCAAAGCAAAAACAAACAGAUAAGACGCAGGAGGUUUUCUAACCAGCGCAGGGACAUGCCUCAAAGGGCCACGAAUCGUCCUCGGACUCACGGUUGUUGAUACCUAGAAAGUUUUGACGAGGUCCACAUUUCCUAAACAAUAAACAAAAUGAUUACUGUGUACGACCUGCGCUUCGGGAAGCCGCAGGAUUCUAAGAAAACGCUGCAAACAAACGACUUGGACUUUCAUAAGUUUCUUCAACUUGUGCACAUGGAAUUUGUCAUCCCUUUAAACCAGAAAUUUGUGUUGGUAACAACUGACCGGACAGUUGUUGACUAUGGAAAAUUUAAGGAGCUUCAGAAUGGCAGCACUCUCUAUUUAUUGCAAAACCAACACCAAGACCUGGCAGUUGCAGUGGAGGAGUCUAUCCACUUUGUUCCUCACUACAACACGUUGAUUGAGAGUGGAACCUUCGAGUAUUUCGCCGAGGGACAGGAAGCACUGCCUUGUUCUCUUGCUGAGCUGGUGGACAAUUCUCUUUCGGCCACUGCUAAAAACACAGGAGUCAGGAUGAUAGAGAUCCGUCUGAUGUUUGACAAAAAACCUGCAGUCAUCGUUUUGGACAACGGGUGUGGGAUGACCUCGAAGCAGCUCAAUAACUGGGCUGUCUAUAGACUCUCUAAGUUCACAAGGGAAAACAGCACAUUUAAAAGUGACCAACAGGGAUAUGUUAGCCCUGAGCCUGUGCCACGUAGUCUCAACAGUGACAUAUCCUACUUUGGAGUUGGAGGCAAACACGCAGCUUUCCAGAUUGGGGAGUCAGUCAGAAUGAUCAGCAAACCAAUCAGCUCGCCAGACGUUCAUGAGUUGGUCCUGUCAAAGGAGGAAUUCCAGAAAAAAGAGCAGAACAAAGAAGAUGUUUACAAAGGGACCAUCUUGAACAGGAAGCCUGGUGACUUCUCACACAUUAAAGGCAACGAAGCCUUUCUUCAGGACAUCAUCAGGGAGGAAACUGGGAAGCACAGCUUCACUGCUGUUGUCAUCACAGCAAUCUGCCCUGAGCACAUAAAAUAUCUAAAGCAGGACUUUAAAGAGUGGACCAGAAAGCUAGCGCACUUUUAUCAUUAUUACAUUCAUGGGGUCGAUGGAAACCUUCAGAAUAAGCCUCAAGGAUCCAAUGGCAGCCCAGCAAUUAAUAUUCUGGUAACUCUGCGAGAUAAAUCUUCUAAAAGUCCAAUUGGGGUAAAUCUCAGAAACGUGAAUGAUGACAUCCAGACUCUGUACAUAAACUCAGCUGUCGAUACGUUUGAGUUUAAGGCCACCACACAAGAGGGCGGCAUCGUGGACGGAGUCCUAAGAUAUCAUCCUUUUCUCUAUGACAAGGAGACUUACCCGAAAGAUCCCAAUAUUAUUCAAGCACCUCCUGAGGACGAUAAUGAUGAGAAUGAAGCUGCAGUCAUGAAUCAGGCCAGAGGGAAGAGGGACAUCUUUGAGUGUUUCUGGAAUGGACGGCUCAUCCCUUACACCACAAUUUCUGAGUUUGAUUGGUGCCGUCAGCCCUAUAAAACUACACCCGAUUUGCCCCCAGAAUGCUACAGUCGCUUCUCUGGGGUGCUUUUCACAAAUGACAAAUUCCAGGUCAAUGCAACCAAACAGAAGUUCAUGGACUUGGAGAUUAAGCUGAAACACAGGGAUACCCUCUUUAUUCCUGUUCCUAAAGUUCAGAUACUGGAUUAUUCCCUUUGGGACAAGUGGUGACCUCAAUCAGUGUGUGAGAGAAGUGAGCAUCACACAGCUCUGCAGCUGAAGAGGACUGUGGUUAUUUGAAACAAACCAAGGCAGCCUAAAGCAUUUAAAGUAUUUUUACAGUUUCGUAGUUAGUUCAUUUAGCAAUGCUAACCCUUAGCAUUAGUCAAUAUUUUCCCCGUAGAGCUAGAUUUUUUAAAAGGAUAAAAAUAACCUUCCUCACCAG